AUGAAUAAUGUUAUUGAUAGAAUCUCUAUUGAUUCUUCACUAUGGAACGAUACUUUACAUCAAAGAGGUAGUUUGGUUUAUAAUGACAGUAACAGCAUAAUAAUAGUAAAAGAAAAUAAUAAAGCGUUUUCAAAAGAUUCAACAAGCCUCAAGGGUGAUUUCAAAACUACCACUGGUGACAAAAUAAGUGAGAACGGUGACAGUGACAAUAAUGAUGGUGACAACAGCGAUUUCUCUGUUCAUUAUGAUGAUAAUGGUGAACCUAUCUUACGUAAAUCCUUUUCUUUGUGGUCGAUAUUGGGUGUUGGUUUCGGUUUAACAAAUUCUUGGUUCGGUAUAUCUGCCUCUAUGGUCACUGGGAUUUCCUCUGGUGGGCCAAUGAUGGUGGUCUACGGUAUUAUCAUUGUAGCAUUGAUCUCUAUCUGUAUCGGUAUUUCCCUAGGUGAAUUGUCUAGUGCUUAUCCACAUGCAGGUGGCCAGUUCUGGUGGGCUUUACAACUGGCCCCUCCACGCUAUAAAAGGUUUGCUGCUUAUAUGUGUGGGUCUUUCGCUUAUGCUGGUUCCGUUUUCACGUCUGCAUCUACCACACUAUCCGUGGCAACUGAAGUAGUUGGAAUGUACGCUCUAACUCAUCCAAAUUUCAAAGUGGAGAGAUGGCACGUCUUCGUCACUUUUGAAUUAACUCAUUUCUUUUUGAUGUUAUUUAAUUGCUAUGGUAAAUUGUUACCCUUGAUUUCAUCUUCAUCACUUUACAUCUCGUUAACCUCCUUUAUCUCAAUCACAAUGACUGUUUUAAUUUGUUCUUCGGGUCACUUUAAUGAUUCCAAAUUCGUCUUUGCUACUUUCUAUAAUGAAACUGGCUGGAAAAAUCAUGUUAUCGCGUUCAUUGUCGGUCUGAUUAACCCUGCUUGGUCGUUUUCGUGUCUCGAUUGUGCUACACACAUGGCAUUUGAAGUUGAAAAACCAGAAAGAGUCAUUCCUACAGCCAUUAUGGGCACCAUAGCCAUUGGGUUUGUUACCUCUUUCUCCUACGUUAUAGCUAUGUUCUUCUCUAUCCGUGACAUGAAAAGUUUGAUUGCAUCAACCACCGGUGCACCCAUUCUUAAUAUAUACAACCAGGCAUUGGGCAAUCAACAUGGGGCUGUGUUCUUGGGCUGUUUGAUCCUGUUCACCUCAUUUGGUUGUGUUAUCGCAUGUCACACAUGGCAAGCAAGACUGUGCUGGUCCUUCUCUCGUGAUUGUGGUUUGCCAUAUUCAAGGAUUUGGUCACAAGUGAACCCAUAUGUCGGGGUCCCACUGAAUGCCCAUCUAAUGUCUUGUGGCUUGAUCUCAAUCAUCGGUCUUCUAUAUUUAGCAUCAUCUACCGCAUUUAACUCUUUGAUCACCGCGUGUAUCUCAUUCUUACUGUUGUCGUAUGUGGUCCCCGUCAUCUGUUUACUUUUUAAACGUAGAAGAAUAAGACAUGGCCCAUUCUGGUUGGGAAAGAUCGGCUGGUUCUCUAAUUUCGUUUUACUAGGAUGGACUCUGUUUGCCCUAGUCUUCUUUUCAUUACCUCCAGUCUUGCCAGUGGAUCGUAACAAUAUGAAUUAUGUCUGUGUGGUUAUCGUUGGUUAUACAUUGUAUUCUAUUUUGUACUGGAGGUUUAAAGGUACUAAGGAAUUCCAUCUGGAACAAGGAUAUGAUAUUGAAAAGAAACAAAGACAGGAACAAACACAAGAUGAAGAUUUCAAUGAAGAUGUAUCUGUUUCAGGUGUCGUGAACAGUCUUUGA